GCUGCAUCGCGAGAGCGCGAAAUUCAGAUGGAGGGCAGGAAGUGCAAGGAGAGCUAGGAAGUACGAACGCGCGCGAUUUUAGUUUAUCCUCGAGAGAUAUCAUGGCGUGUGACCGAUCGAAGCACAAAAGUUGCUCAAUAAUUGAAUGCACAAAUGAUCACAGAAGUCUUUUUUUACUUCCUUCAUCCAAUCCCCAGAAGGAUCAAUGGAUAAAUUUCAUUUACUCUGGGAAUGCACCGACACAACACACCAAAUUUUUGUAUGUCUGCGCCAAACAUUUCACAGACGACUGUUUUCACAACAUGGGUCAGUUCAGAGCUGGGCAUGCUAAACGUCUGAAACUGAAGUCUGGAUCAGUACCAACUCUCUUUGGCUCACCUACAAACCUCGGACAAAUAUCCAUCAUGAGAGAGCAGGUGAAUGUGAUCCAAACUGGAGAAAAGCAGAUGCUGCAGACACCAGUGAAGAUUGAAGUGAAGCAGGAGGAGAUUCAAGCAGAAAUCACAACAGAGCAGGUGAAUGUGAUCCACACUGGAGAACAGCAGAUGCUGCAGACACCAGUGAAGAUUGAAGUGAAGCAGGAGGAGAUUCAAGCAGAAAUCACAACAGAGCAGGUGAAUGUGAUCCACACUGGAGAACAGCAGAUGCUGCUGACACAAGUGAAGAUUGAAGUGAAGCAAGAGGAGAUUCAAGAAGAAAUCAAAACGGAGCAGGUGAACAUGAUCCAUACUGGAGAACAGCAGAUGCUGCAGACAUCAGUGAAGCAGGUGGACAGCAGGAACCCGACAACUAUGAGAGGAGAAAUCGAAGUAGAGGAACAACCGAGUGAUGAAGAUGAUGAAUUUAUUCCUUCAAAGAUUGAUGGAGACUAUGGCUCCCUGCUCGGCACUCUCAAGAGGAGGCGGCAGCUGAUUGCUGAUGAGUUUAGGUUCAUAGCAGAGGAGGACAUGGCUCAUGAGGGCAUGAGCACACAGGAGGAAGAUCUGCUGGACGAGGAACUACUGCAGGAAGACCUGGACCACGGGGAGAUGGAGGAUGAGCUGGAACCUGAUCCCCAGCCAGGAUCAUCAACUGGCCAUUCUCUCACAGGCCCCAAGUCAGCUAGAAAGCGUAAACGCUCCCCUGACUCUGAUUCUUAUCCUUCAUACUCUGACAUCGAUUCACAGGCACCAAAACCUCUCCCAUUUAAGCCUAGCCGUCCAUUUGGUAUUGACUUGGGUAGCGUGUGCAAGGCUGUGCGGUCAACCUCCAAUACGAUGCUGCGAGAAAUUGACUUUUUCAUGCUGUUUUUUACUCGGGCUGUAGUUGCUGAGAUAUGCAGCUUUACAAACCGUCAGGGGUGGGAGCUCGUCCUAAACUGUCCAUCAUAUUCCAGCUACCAAGGAGCUUGGAUUGAGGUGACCCCCGAUGAAUUUUACAAAUUUCUUGGGUUGCUCAUUUACAUGGGGUUGUCAAUUCUCCCUGAUUCCCAUCGUCAUUGGGGAACCAAGUCACUUCAGGGCUCAUGGGCGAGGGGAUUUAUGUCGCGUAACCGCUACAAGGCUAUUUUUGCAGCUCUACAUGUUGUAGACCCUACCACAGAGAAUAAUCAGGAUUGCCUUAGGAAGUUGCGUUAUCUUAUGGACCACCUCAAACAAAAAUGCCAGCAACUCUUUCAGCCUAACCAAAAUCUCACAAUAGAUGAACGUAUGGUCAAGUCUAAAGCUCGGUCAGGAUUUAAACAAUACAUGAAAGGCAAGCCUACUCGAUGGGGUUUUAAAUUAUGGGUAAUUGCAACAUCAGACUCUGGGUAUACUCUCGACUUUAAUGUUUACACAGGUAGUCGUGAUGGACAUGUCACUGACUUGGCUACCAAAGUAGUUGAAUCGUUACUGCAGCCAUUCAAAGACCAGGGCCACAAUGUUUGGUUUGACAACUUUUACACAUCCCCAGCUCUUAUGGUUAAGUUGUUAGAAAUGGGAACUAAUGCCUGUGGGAAAUGCAGGGUGAAUCGUAAACUGUUUCCUGCAGAAUUUAAAGACAUCAAAAGAUGGGAACGCAAGGCAGCUCGUGGGGAUAUGAGGUGGUGUAGGAUUGAGGGGAAUAUACUUGUAAUUCAGUGGAAGGACACGCAUGCAGUUACAUGCCUUUCCAAUUUCCACAAUGCGAAUGAAUCUACCAAAAUUACUAGGUUUGUAAAAGAUGAUGGCGACUGGACAAAAGAAGUAGCCCUCCAGCCCACUGUCAUCAGCGAUUAUAACAAAAACAUGGGCAGUGUUGAUAGGUCAGACCAAAUGAUAAAAUCUUACGAUGUCCUACAAAAAACUCAGAAGUGGUGGAAGACUCUCUUUUUCCACUUAAUAGACAUUGCUGUCAUCAAUAGUUUCGUAUUGUUUAAGGAAUGGCAACACAUUCAUGCAGGACCAGGAGGUGAACGUAGACCGGUGAAUUUAACCCAGAUAGAUUUCAGAGAAAACCUGGCUCGUCAGCUGGGAGGUAUUGAUAUUCAUGCAAGUUUCCCUUUGCAUACACUAAAGCCUGUAGCCCCUCCUUCGUCAUCAUUCCAUACAGUCCAUUUCCCUAAAUUUGAAGCGUCCUCUAAGAGAUGUUGGCUCUGCUAUCGGAAAAGUAAGACUGAAAAUAAAACUAAAGUAGCUUGUUGCGCACCGGAAUGUAAUGGCAAAAGACUUUGCUUAGUUCGCGAUAGGAACUGUUUUCAGUCUUGGCACUCAGCUGAGUGUGACCAGUUUCGUGAAGAGGCCUAGGUUGGGCUGUGUUUACUGUCCUCCAGGGUUUCCCCGGGUCAUGGAAUUUUAAAAAGUCUAUUCCAGACAUGGACCAAAAAAAUAUAUAAAAUACCCUGACUUUCCAAUUCAUGGAAUAUCAGGGAAUUUUGUUUGUAGCAUGUUUAAAUUUUGGUUGCCAUUUAUCAAAAUUAAAACUUUCUUGCCAUAUUUUUCUUUAUCGGCUUAUUUCACAUGUUUCCCUUAUUGGGUAUUGUUAUGGUUAAGCUAUUUUUCAGUGCCAUUUUAUCCCCUUUCCGCUUGUCAACAGUCAAUCAAUGCAGUCACCUGUACCUGCUAACUAAGGCAAACAAGCAAGGAAAAUGUCAAUUUCAAGAGCUUUGGCUACAAAAUGAUCACUUCAACCCUGGGUGUUAAAAGUAGACAACAGAAAAGCUACAUGUAAAGUUUGUAAAACUACUAUCGAACUACCAAAUAUGGGAGAGGGUGCACUUCACAGCCACGCAAACAGUAAGAAGUAUGCUGCCCGCAUGAAGCCGGCAGGAGCAUCAUCUUCGGCCCAAGUGCCAUCGCUGCUGUACUGCAGCCCACGCCAAGAGAACAGCAGUCAGCUAAAGCCGCUCCCACCUCCAGCAGUGACUGUAGUGUGAGACACAGUGGAACACGUCUCUGCUUAUCACCAGCGAUGCCCCUGGGGGCUGAAAUGUCGUGGUUCCUGAAGCUUACUGAGUCCCACUGGUCAUACAGGUCAUCAGAACAAAGAGGCUGUUCCCAGAUAGUGACAUUUGCCAGCAGCUUGAAUUGUGGAGAGACUAAAUCAUCUUAUUUUACUGUUUUUGGCAUAGCACCAUACCGCAAGUCACUUCUGUUGGAGAGGAUAAGGUCUCUUAAAAAUGGAUAUGUUUUGCUUUUAAAAAGCUUGAAUCAGAAGACCCAAACAAAGCAAAUGGACAUUAAUUUAAGACUUUGGGAAAAUGAUGCUGUAGUAACCCAUUACUUCACUUCUGAAUUCAUGGGCCACAGCAGAGGACAUGGUGGAGGUCUUCCACAAGUCGACAGAGGGGUUAAAUUACAAAGGUCUUGUACAGCUUUCCAUGGAUGGACCUAAUGUACAUUUUAAAUUCCAAGACCAUAUACAAAUGGACCUUGAACGUGAUGUCAAUUCUAUGUUAUUAUUUGUAAAACAAGAUGGGUACAGUUACAGAGAGAAUGAUCAAGAUAUUGACCGACUUGAUGAAAUGUGCAGCAGAGGUAUGCAUAUUCCCCAACCCUGGAACUAAAUCCUAUACUAAUGUCAAAGAAGGGUGCAGAGACCCACUGAUGCCUGCAAAGUUGGCCUUUCAUUUGUCAUUUUCAAAAGAGGUUGCACCUUUCUUGAAUCUAUAUCAAACAGACAGACCUAUGAUUCCUUUUCUGGCUGCUGAUCUUUCUAAUGUUAUGUCAAUUAUGGAUCGUUUUAUCAAGCCUGAUGUGAUGGCUAAUGCAAACGCAGUAACAAAAUUGAUGUCAAUAGGUGUCACAGACUAAAACAAUCUCAUUCAUGCAAGUAAAGUUCAUGUGGGGGUUUUCUGCAGACAAAAUGCUGAAGGAACUGGUGUCAUCACAGAAGAUUAGUGAGAAGAGAGAGUUGGAGUUCAGGAUGGAUUGCAGAACAUUCUUACUUGCACUUGCAGGGAAAUUACAAAAACAUCUCUACAGUACACUCUCGUGCGCAACCUGGAUUGCCUUGCAUCAAUCUUUAUUGCUUGCCAUCCUCCUUGGAUCAUCAACAAGUUAAAGUAUCCUCAAACUGCUCAUUGAGACCAAACGAGUAGAUGAAAAUGAUUGUGGUGAUAUUCUCAAACAGUACAGGAAGUUCAUCAAUGAGACUGUGCCAAAGAGAAGGGCAGAUUUCACUGACUUCAAUCCUGCCACAGGCCAGGUAGGUACCCUAUUCUAUGAAACAAUGGCAGGAGAGGUGUACAAAAUACUGUGGAAUGUUGUGGCACUCCAGUGGAGAGGUUUUCCAGUCAAUAGACAAAUCGAGGUUGAAAACAUGAAGGAAAGCACUUGCAGUGCACAGCAUCUUGUGCACGAUCAUUUGAAGUCAGUGGGGGGAAUUUAUAACUUUGUGGUAACUAAGUCCUUCAGUCUUCAUCCUCGGCAAGACCGUGAUACCUCUCUCAUUUUGAGGAACAAAAGACUUAAAGAAGCAGAAAAACAAAACAUGAGAAGGAAAACUCUCUGAUGAGAUUGAUUGACCUUGCGUUAAAGGCAGAAAGUGUAGGGAAUCUUGCAUUCAUUGCCCAGUCAAACAGUCUAAGGUGGUCUGCAAAAAAGAAAUGUGAAGAAAUAAAAAGACUGAAUGAUGAACUUGAUGACAAACAGAAAAUCCUUCAGUGCAUUUAAUCCCUGAAAGCAUAAACGGCAUGUUUGUGUUCAUGUGUGCAAUUUCUGCCCGGGUCAUA